AUGUCACGAGCAAUUCGCUGCACUCAAAUUGAAGCUCCUCCACCAGCUGAUAGAAUAAACCCAGUUACACCAUUUUUCACCGCAGGAAAAGAUUUUGCUGGCCCCGUACAUGUUCGCACUUUGAAUCCUUCAGACGCAGCUUACAUUGUACUGUUUACCUGUGCAACGACCAGAGACAUACAUCUCGAACUUGUGUCAGAUCUUUCGACGGACAAGUUUCUGUUAGCAUUGCAGCGAUUUGUGGGUCGUAGAGGACUACCACAUACCAUCUAUAGUGAUAAUGCUGCUACGUUCCACGCUGCAAAUAAGGAGCUAAUACUUCUAAUGAACACUCUUACAUCUACUAAAGUGCAACAGUUUUACGCUCAUAAUGGCAUAAUUUGGAAGUUCAUCGUACCCAGAGCGGCUUGGUGGGGAGGGAUAGAAGCCGCCCUUACCAGCAGACCCAUUGUAUAUGAAGAGGGAGAUGAAGACAAUACGGAAGCCUUGACACCGGCACAUUUCCUAACGGGUAGAAAAUUAACAUCCAUACCCACAAAUCCGAAUAACAAUCCAAGACUUACUAAACUCUUCAAACAACAACAAGACGUGUAG